GCGUCGGUGGGCGCUUGAGGUGCUACAACUGUAGACUCGGUGCAUCACCAGUGCGUCAGGCAUGGAAACAAUCCAAGCACUGGGCUGCGUUGGAAAAUUGCAGGAGCGGAGCGCGCUAUACCUCUCAGAAUACGCGGACACUCAUGGUACUUUGAUGCACGUGGUGUGAAAGGCGCUAAUGGAAAGCGCAAGUUUAAAAAAGAGAAGAGCAUUGCGUCACGUAGUGCCCCACUGCGGUCGUCAAGGCGACGAGAUGACAACAGAGAGAGUCUAUUGAAAGCAGCUAAACAAAUCAAGCAAGAGACACGACGAGUUUUGGGCAAGGCGGCCAUUUUGGUGACACUCUCGAAGGGAAAACAAGUCAAGCCAUAAGACAUAACCACACACUUUGAAGAGAUGGAGACACUGGUGGAGUCCAGUCAUGAGGAGCAAGCAGAAAAUGAAGAUGAGCAGGCGGGAGAAGCUGAUGAUGUCUUGGCUGUGUGUGAUUUCCUGUCUACUCCACCCCUUCCUGAGUCAUAUAGAUGUAAUUCUGUGGAGGAAGUUCGCCUGCUGGCCAUUGCUGACAACUUCCAGCGUCAGUAUAGCCUUUUGUGUCCCGAACGGAAACCUCUGCUGCUCUGCCCCAUCAACGAAUGUGGUGUCCAGAAGUUUGUGUCGACUACUCUGCGCCCCACCAUGACAAGCCAUCCCGAGCUGCUCAAUUGGGAAGGAUGUGCUUCGUUUGUGGCUGACUUCCUGUCUCUGAAUCCCUUGGAGCCACCUGGAGAGCUUCCCAGAUUCUUGUUCUCUUCCACUUCAGUGUUGCGAAGUCAGACAGCAACAUGUUUCGAGUAUACCUCCGUACUGUGCAGUCUACUCCUGGGUGCCAACUAUGAUGCUUACUGUGUUAGUGGCUACGCUUGCAAAGAGAUGUGUCUGCUCGACCAAAGACUGCAAGAGUGCCCUUUGUUGGACACCCAGGAAAAGGCCGCAGCUUCUGAGUUGCCGGUUGAUAGUGAGCCUGCAGUGAGAUUUCAACGUGAGCCAAAGAGUCGUUUCUUGAUACAACACGCCAAGAAGAAACAGGAAGAGGCAGACGCCAAAGCCAAGCAACAAGAGGAGGUUCUGCAGCCACCUGAUGACCCCCUGCAGGGUUUGCGGGUUCACUGUUGGGUUCUGGUGUUGGCUGGGUGCCGCAGCGUAGAGGACAAUUUCUUUGUUGAUCCAAUGACCGGAAGAAGCUACACCACCACGAAUGAGCAUUUUCUGGGUGUAGAGAGUGUGUGGAACAACCUCAACUACUACGUCAACAUGCAGGACUGCAAGGACGGCUGUGCUGAGCUGGUGUAUGACCUGCAUGACAUCAAAUUGUGGGAGCCCAUCUUGUUUGGUGUCACCAGUAAAAGACAACUGAGCAUCAACCUCCUCAAGAGGAAAGAGAUGAAAAUGAUGGGGAUGACUUGGGAGGACGAAGAAGAAGAGGAGGACCGUGUCUUUGAGAUGCCAAGAUCCUGGGUCUCUUCAAUCAGCAUUUCCCAACAAGACUUGGAGACUCGUUGGCCAGGAGGCAAAAAGUUGACUCGCUACAAAAAAGCAGAACUGGAGAGGUUUGCACCCUACCUGCGAAUGGAUGGUCUAGUGACGCGACUGAACAUCUACAAGGACAUGGACUGUACAGAGGUGGUGACAGUGAAGGAGUGGUACAAGGACAGAAACGACCACCUGAAGGAGCGAGUGUUAGAUAAAUUGACAGGCAUCACCACUGAGCGCUUCACCCCGGGGCGACACUUUCACCUUUUGUUUCACAAAUUCACGUCCGCUCAAACAGAUGGCUAUGAGCAUGACAUGGAAUUUAGUGGUGCUCGUGUGGAUGGCCUAGUACGGCGUGUGGACACACCAGGGGAAAUGACAGAGAGCUUCGAGGGCCGUGAGGACUUCCUCUACUACAGACAAGUCAUCUUCGAUACCAAUGUACAGUUGCCAAAGGAAGCAGCGCCAGAAGAGCGACCUUUGCUGAAAGUGUUGGAGCGCUUCCACAGAAAUCCAAACAAGGAUGCCAACAACGAUGUGGCCGAGCGAGUGUUUAUGGCUUCGCAGAGGAGGAUAGAGGUGAAAUAUCAUCUGGAGGAGCACCGCUUCGUCCCGUGCAUGAGGACCUUCAUCAAGCCGCGAGACUCAAGUGACCAUCAACACAAGGCUGAGGACUUCAGGGCUGACAUGGUUUCUGGCUUUCAUGUAGAUCCUGCCAAGAAGCCGCUCCACACUCUGGCUCUGUAUGACCUUCUCUCAGACCUUGUCAAAGCUGAGAAGGACGUAGCGCUCCAAAUUAUGAGUUCUAAGAAAGAGGUGCAAGACAUUGUGGUCUGCCGGGAGCAGGAGGAGACAGACAUUCUUCUUCAUUUCUCACCGUGGACCACGACUGGCGCUGCCAAGGCCCGCAAUCUCAGAGAGGAAAUGGAACGUGUGGCAACAGAGGAACAGCGGUGGUUACAGGAGAAGGAAAAUGACUUCCUGGCUCCCUUUCUCAGGCGACUAUGUGACAUCGAAAUUGUGCGGGCUGAUGACGCAGAGCGUUUAUACAAUGAUAGUUUGACAGAAUUUAAGGAGCGUAUGGUCGCACAGGCACAACUUAUCCAGGAACGUCACGACCAGGCCACACAGGCGCUACAGAAAAUACAAGAACAUUACCAGGAGGACCAGCAGAACAUGAGCCACCAGGAGGAGAAGGAGUAUCAAGCCUACUGCGCCCAGCACACCUCUCAGAUACACAUCGCCCAGAAACGACUCAGCAUGCACAAGAGAUCAGCAGCUCAGAGGUAUCGUGCACUGGACCAGAGGCUCAAACAAGACCCCAGGCUGGCCCCUUACCUACUCAGCAGAACACACACACAUAAUAUAUAAAUUAAUGCUGUGAUUGAUUAAUAGACUCAAGAAUAAUGAUGGAUGUUUUGUUGGAUUUUGUCCACAAUUUAGGGAGCGCGCUAUCUGCGCCUCAUGGCAAAAGCCAUUGCCAAUCACCUGUUAUCCAAUUUACCGUUUUUUUCCGUGUAUAGUGCGCAAUAUUUUACUAAUUUAUUGUCCUAAAAUCUGGGGUGCGUAUUAUA